UCCCGCCAUUGCCUUUGUUAUCAGCAACGCCGAUAAGAACUUUUUUUUUCCUAGGCCGAAAUACUGCGACCUCCGCUUCCAACCGCGACAGAAGACCGCGCGACACAGCUUUUGCCCGACUGGCAAUUCCACCCUUGCCAGGAAGUUCCGGGUACCACAGACACAAUGAAGGCAAAAAGGUCAAAGCAAUAUCGCAAGCUCAUGAAGCAGUUCUGCCGAGUAUGGAACUUCCGUGAACCAUACCAGGUGCUGGUAGACGCCGACAUUGUCAAGGAUGCGAACCGCUUCAAGAUGGACCUCAUACCCGCCCUCGAGCGGACCCUACACGGCAAGAUCAAGCCCAUGAUUACACAAUGCUCAAUGCGCCACCUCUACGCGCUACAGGGAGUCCAGCCGGGGAUGAAGGCGCUCAUCGACUCGGUCAAGGAGAACUUUGAGCGGCGGCGGUGCGGCCACCACCCGGACGAGACGGACGCACUCUCGACGCUCGAGUGCCUCUCGUCUUUCGUCGUCGACUCGGGCAAGGGCUCGCGCAACCGCUACGUCGUGGCCAGCCAGGACGCCGAGGUGCGCCGGCACAUGCGUGGCGUCAAGGGCGUGCCGCUCAUCUACAUCUCGCGCAGCGUCAUGAUCAUGGAGCCCAUGGCCUCGGGCAGCGCCAAUGUCGUGUCCAAGGAGGAGCGCGCAAAGCUCAGGUCCGGGAUCAAGUCGCUGGCCUCGGCCGGGUCCAAGAGGAAGAGGGGGGACGACGACGGCAGCGACGGCUCGGGGGGCAGUGAGGAUGAUGACGACGACGACGACGACGAUGACGAUGAUAACGACGACAGCGACGAAGACGGCGACGACGAUCAAAGGGCGGCUGCUGUUGAGCGACGGAAAGCACCGUCAUCACGUCCCCUAGUUGUCGAGGCCCCCGAUCGCAAAAAGCGCAAAAAGGCAUACGGACCCAAAGGCCCAAACCCGCUAGCGGCUAAAAAGAAAAAGUCUAAGCCGACCGCGACGGGGGAUUCAGGGGCGAAAAAUGCCGCGAGGGGCGACAGGGAUGGGGCUACCACAGACGCCGCAGCUCCUCCAGACCAGCAGGGCAAGAAAAAGCGGAAGAGGAGAAGCAAGAAACCGGCGGGCUCUGGCGACGCUGGGGCCGAGACCACUGACGCUCCGGUCUAAGUUGAGGCCUAGGCUAUUGUUGUUUGUUUGCUUGCUUACCGGGCUUUGGCAAGUUUGUUGACCGGGCCUGUUUUCUGUUUUAUCUCGUCGCGGCUAGCGAUAGACCCCAGCCUUUUGCCGGUUUCGCUUUUCCUUCAGCCCGGGCGCGUGGUACCGGGACCCGCACACCUCAGCCGCAUUCGACACGGAGGGGGUGGAUCAGUGUGUGGGGAUGAGCAGCACUCCGGGGCCGGCAUAAUCAGCCCUGGCUCCCCGGUUGUCUCUACCCAGGUACUCGAUAAGCCGCCCGCUGCAGGGGCUGGGGGCGGUCCCGGACUUGUGUUUACACGGGGUUUUGCACAUGAUUGGGCAAUGGGGAAAGCUUCAUGGAGGAGGGAGCAAAGGGCGAGUCUUGAAUAUUGAGCCGGUAUCUCUCUCUCCCAAGGCGUCGGCUGCGCCGGGUUCGAAACCCUGCGGAAACCAAGCCGAGGACGGUUUGGCGGCAACCACCCGGGAGAGAGAAAUGGAGGAGAUGGUAUGAAUCACAAUCCCAGGAGUUCGGUCCUCUCUCGCGUUCGGGCCGCUUUUAGAAAGUGAAACGAACAAACGGUGCAAAUUUACGUCGGGGGUGGUAUCGGGCAACGGGCGUGUGGGGAAACCAACCCAUCUACUAAGUUUGCCAACGCAACAAACUUACUUCACUCACGCGUCUCUCCUCAUAACUUUAUGCAUGCAAGGUUUUGGCCACGACU